UCUAUCCAAACAUGCUUGUUUUUGUAUUCUUUUUAAAAUGUUAGUCCGCACAGGUAUCUCAGCUUCCUCGCUUAGUGCACGUACAUGUAUAAAGAAAGUAGAUUACCAGCUUUAUUCCGUGAAGGCAAAACUGGGGAACUCGGCGUGGAUAGCCGAGCGAAAUGUUCCACUCUCCCUGUUAUUUACGUUUAUUACACUCCAGUGUAAGAUAUUGCUAAUGUCAUAACAAUCACUCAGUAUCUAACCAGUGUAAUAUUGGCGCGACUUGAGCGUGGCGUAGAUCACUUGCUGACCCAAUUCGUAGAAAAAUAACGUGUAGUAGCUAAGGAGGUCUCGACAUGUGCUUACUUCUGCGUUGCGGCUUGUUUGCAGUUGGUUUGUAGUAAAUAAAAUACUAAGCUAGCUUAGACUCGUGAACAGUGUUGGUAUCAGACUCACUUUCGCUCGUCUGAUACCAAAACUGUCCACUCAUUUCAUAGACAUGGUAUGACCGCCAAACUCGUUUAGUAUUCUAUAUUUAUCCUGUAAUUCGACAAGAAUAGUGAUGAAUGAAUGAAUGGAUGUUUAACGACACCCCAACACAAAACUAAAAAUCAGCUAUUGUGUGUCAAACAAGAGAUGGAAAAACAGUAUACAAGAGUAUUAACUAAAUGUAAACCUGACCUUGUCGGGACUAUAACGGACAUAGGGGGUCUGCUAGAUCGACUGGAAAGUCGGGAAACUCUGAACAGUGAACUCGUCAUGACCAUUAAGGCAGAAAGAAAACUAACAGACAAAAUAAGAGUUUUGUUGGAAAUUCUUCCACGACGAUCACAGAAAGCGUUCGACGAUUUUUACAUUUCCUUACAAGAAAUAAAGGAAACUGCAGCCGUAACGAGUAUCAAAAACCAGUUAAAAAAAGCAGGACUACCCAUCCCUGAACAAGACGCGACAAACAGGAACGAAGGCGAGCGAGAUCGAGCUGAAGCACAGGUCGAAGACAAACGCGUCUAUGUCAGAGAAACACCACCGGCGUCAGAUCUUGAAACCGAUGCGGCGCCCUACAGUAUUUCUGGUCCAGCGUAUACAGGAAGUAAGAAUACUGCAAUGCCAGAACCAUGUGAGGCAUCGGCGACACCAGAAAAAAGUCUGGUCGCAAGAAGAGAAGAACCAAGUUUGGUGUGCCAUGUUCCACAACGACCCAUCCAGGAGACUGUUGGUCUAAAAUGCGUUCCUCCAUCUGUGACAGAGUAUGACGUCGCCAUCUUAUGCCAUCCUACUUGCCGUGAUCAGGCCAAGACACUGAGCGAGACUCUGAUGACGAUGCAUUGUGAAGCUCACUCGCCGCUGAAAGUGACACUAGCAGACGAAUAUGCAAAAGCUGGAGCAACGGAAAUCGCAAAUCUUGAUCAUCUGAUAAAGAAUAUUCCGUGUAUUCUGUUAAUGAUCGAGGAAGAGUUUUUCACCAAUAGACAGUGUAUGUUUGAGGCUAACGUUUCCAUGACAUCCUCACUGACGAAUGAACUGGUGGCUAAUUAUGUGAAGGCGGACUUUGUGAUUCCAGUUUUCAUGAAGCCGCCCCGACAAAUACGUGGCGCAACACCGUCCAUUACCGCGAUGACUGGAAUCCAUUAUUACAAUGGAGAUUGGAAUGACAGUGUGGAGGAGGCAUUCAGAAGGAACAUUGAACGAUGUUUAAAUAAAUAAAGAGAAAGGUCCCAGCACUAAGACAUUUCACUGGAAGAUUUUAAAACGCUGGAGAUGCAACAUUAUACAGAUUGUCAAUGUAACAGAAAGAACAAAGAGAAAGAUUCCAAAACUAGGACAUUUUUACUUAAAGAUUUUAAAACGCUGGAUAUGUGUAACAUUAUAGAUUGUCAAUAAAACAGAAAGAACAUAGAACGAUGAUUAAAUAAAGAGAAAUAUUCCAAAACUAA